AUGAGUGAACAACUUAAGUUCAUUGUGGAGCAGCUGAACCGGGAACCUUUCAAGAAAAACUUUAACCUAAUCACUUUUGACUCACUGGAACCGAUGCAGCUUCUGCAGACUCUCAACGAUGUGUUAGCCGAAAUCGACUCCAAGCAAGAAAUAGAUAUCCGAGAAGAAAUGCCUGAGCAGACAGCAAAAAGAAUGUUCACUUUGUUGGGGUUGCUAAAAUACAAGCCUACUGGAGGCUUUUCUGAUACAAGCAGCUUUCGGCAGGGACUGGUGACUGGCAGUAAGCCAGUGAUCCACCCCAUCCUGCACUGGCUGCUGCAGAGGGUUCCCGAGCUGAAGAAAAGGGCCUAUCUGGCUCGCUUCCUCGUCAAGCUGGAUGUGCCUGGCGAGUUCUUGACAGAUGAUGUCAUCUCAGAGACUUAUCACCAGUAUGAGGAGCUGGUUGAGGGAUUCAAGAGUUAUCACAAAGAGUGCGAACAACUGAGGAACUCUGGGUUUUCUACAGCUGAGAUUCGACGGGAUAUUGCGGCAAUGGAAGAAGAGAAGGACCAGCUGAUCAAACGAGUGGAGCGUCUGAGGAAGCGGGUGGAGUCUGUGUCCAACCAUCAACGUAUGCUGGAGCUUGCCAGACAGCUUCGGGUGGAAAAGGAGAGAGAGGAGUCUUUGGCUCAUCAGAAACAAGAGCAGAAGAACCAGCUCUUCCAGGCUGAACAGAGGCUGCAGAGAUGUCAGAUCCAGCUGAAAGACUUGCGACAGGCAGCAUCAGAUGCCAAGCCUGAGAGUCUGAUGAAGAGACUGGAGGAGGAGAUCAAGUUCAACUCCUACAUGGUUUCAGACAAGUUGCCCAAAGAGCUGGAGCGGAUGCGGCGCAAGGUGCACUACCUGCAGAAGGUGGCAUCUGAGCCAGCCAUGGGUCAUGCUGAGCUGGCUGAUCUAGAGGAUAAGAUUAAACAGCUCAGUCAGAUGAACCAAGUGAUGGAGAAGAAGGUGUCGAGGAGUGACCCAAUGGAUGAUAAUCUUGCUCUGUACAGACAGCAGGCCUCCAUCAUAGCCCGUAAGAAGGAGGCAAAAGCUGAGGAGCUACAGGGGGCUCGAGAGGAACUGGCAGGCCUGACAAGGGAGCUGAAUGCCAAGAGCAACCAGGCCCGUGGACAGGGAGGAGUUGAGAUCAUUCGAGCAGACGAGUUUAAACGAUAUGUCGCCAAGAUGCGUGGCAAGAACAUCACGUAUAAGAAGAAGCGGCAGGAGACUGCAGAGCUAAAGGCUGAGUUUGGCAUUCUGCAGCGGACGGAGGAGAUCCUGCGCCAACGCCACACUGCCGAGCUACAGCAGCUGCAAACUCUAGAGGCCCAGAGGGGCAUCUCAGGCUUCAGCGAGACCCAAGAGGAGCUAGAGAGAGUUUCGGCCAUUAAGAGCGAGCUGGAUGAGCUAAAAGGACGCACGCUGGAUGACAUGUCCGAGAUGGUAAAGAAGUUGAAUUCAGCAAUAGUAGAGAAGAAAUCAGCUCUGUCUCCGAUAAUAAAGGAACUGAGGCCUCUGCGGCAGCAGUGCCAGGAGCUUGCUGAAGAGUAUGACGAAAAAAAAGCUCAGUAUGACACAUGUGCUGCCGGUCUGGAGAGCAACAGAUCCAAACUUGAGCAGGAGGUGAGGACCCUGCGAGAGGAGAUAGCUCAGGAGGAAAACCGUUAUCACCACAUCAACUGCCAGAAAGAAGUCAUUGAAAUUCAAAUGCAGCGGGCGGCAGACGAGAUGAAGGUCUAUGUGUCCUCUGAUCCACAAACAAGGAAAAAGUCUAUCAGGGAGCAGUACAUGAAGAACAUAGCAGAACAGGAAUCUUUGGGAAAGAAGCUCAGAGAGCAGCAGAAGCAGGUUAAGGAGAGCCAUGGGCCAAACAUGAGGCAGGUGCGCAUGUGGAAGGAUUUGGAGCAGCUGCUGGAGUGUAAGAAGCAGUGUUACCUCCGAGCCCAGAGCCAGACCUCUAUCGGCCAGGUGAUUCAGGACAGUGGAGAGGACCGCCUGGUUCUCUGAUGGAGCCAUUGGGUGCUCCAGCAUUUUUUACGCUUUCCAAGUUUAAUCAGCUAUUAACAGAUUUACUGGGGAAAAGUAUGUUACCAUGUUUUUGGAGCAAUGUAUGUACAGUGCAUAUAGACACGUUACUGACUCCACAAACUGUUAGAAAAGUGCUUCUUAGUCUAUUUUUAUCUAUAAACCUCAGUAAACAUCAGUUGUACUUUUGUGACCGAGCAAAAGUCCUUUUUUGGACAUAAUUGCCUCAAGUUAGGAGAGAUUAGCUGAGAUAAGCAGCAGUGCCCUGAAUUUUUGGGAGAGGGAACAUAUGUUCUCCAAAGUGCUUCAUUGAUAAGAGGUUUGAAAAUCUUUCAAACAAGUCCUCAGUCUCCAUUUUGACACGUCUUUAAGAAUAGAGCUUCACUCAAUGUGUCCUAAGAUAACAGCGAACAAAGUGUUACACUCUGGACGUGCCUGCACCCAGUUAUUUUGGGAAGCAACAGUCAUGACCUUCGGCAGAAGAGCUGCCCAAUUUAGGAAUUCGGCUGGCCCUUCUUUUGUUUCCAUCAUGGAGGGGCAGAGGUAAUCAACAGAGCAACAUCUACAACUCCUCCCCUACCUGUUAGUGCACAUGGGUGAUUCUCUGUCUUAGGAAACUCAUUAGAUUGGACUGGAGGUAUAAGCAGUGUGCAUUAUAUUUUAUUUGUAUGUCAUGCCUAGAUAUUUUUGUGAAAAUAAAGCACAAGUCUCUCUGUA